AUGGCACGACGGAAGGAGCUCUCUGAGAUUGUUCGUAGCCGCAUUGUGUUCAAUGACCCUAUCCACGGCCAUAUUGAAUUGCACCCUUUGCUGGUGAGCAUUAUUGACACACCUCAGUUCCAGCGUCUGCGCCACCUCAAGCAGCUGGGAGCCACAGACUUUGUUUAUCCAGGAGCCUGCCACACCCGCUUUGAACACUCUAUUGGGGUGUGCUACCUGGCAGAAGAACUGAUGAAUGCCCUGAAACUGCGCCAGACUGAGCUGAAUAUUACUAAGAACGACAUACUGUGUGUCCAGAUAGCAGGACUGUGCCAUGACCUUGGACAUGGCCCUUUUUCCCACACGUUCGAUGGAAUGUUCAUCCCAAAAGCACGCCCGGGUUUGGGGUGGAAGCAUGAGACUGCAUCUGUGCAAAUGUUAGAUCACCUGCUCGACAAAAACAAUCUGAGGACAAAGCUGCCGGAUCAUGGGCUGAAACUGCCUGAGGAUUUGGUGUUUAUUAAGGAACAGAUCGCCGGACCCCUGCGGAACCAUGUUCCUCCCGGCCAGUGGCCAUAUCAAGGAAGACAGGAAGAAAAAUCUUUCUUGUAUGAGAUUGUGGCCAACAACAACAAUGGAAUUGAUGUGGACAAGUUCGAUUAUCUUGCUAGAGACUCCUACUACCUGGGCAUGAAAAAUAGCUUUGACCACCGACGCUACCUGAAAUUUUUACGUGUGUGUGAGGUGGACGGAUUGAAGCACAUCUGCCCUAGAGACAAGGAAAUGGAAAAUUUGUACGACAUGUUCUACACACGGUAUAGCCUUCAUCGCCGGGCCUGCCGGCACAAAGUGGGAAACAUCAUCGCAACAAUGAUAACAGAGGCUUUUGUGAAGGCUGACAAACACUUUAAGAUCAUAGGCUCUGAUGGCAAGACUUUCUCCCUCUCCACUGCCAUUGAGGAUAUGGAGGCUUACACCAAACUCACCGACCACAUCUUCCAGGAGAUCCUGAACUCCUCGUCUCCAGAGCUGGCUGAGGCUCGGGCCAUCCUGCAAAACAUCAAUUGUCGCAAGCUCUACAAGUUUUUGGGCAAGAUCCGACCCAAGAAUCCUGUGGCAGACACAUCGGAUGUGCGCGCCGCGAUAGCAGCCAGCAUUGCUCAAGCCUUGCCUGACAGCAGAAGAAGUGUAACACUUCAGGCUGAAGAUUUCGAAGUCACUAUUAUUAACAUGGAUUAUGGGAUGAAGAACCAUAACCUGAUCAAUAACGUGUAUUUUUACACCAAGAAUGACCCUAAAAAUGCCAGAAUCAUCAACGAAGACAAGGUGACCCAGCUCCUUCCGAAGAAGUUUGCUGAACAACUGGUCCGGGUCUACUGCAAGAAGACUGAUGACAUAAACUUUCAGGCAGCCAAGACCUGCUUUGAGAAGUGGACCAACUCCCUGGAAGGGGCUAACACAAGCCAGUCGUCCAGAUACGUUAAAACACGUAUGCCCUGUUGUCGCAACGGGGCGAUAGCAGCCCGCGCCACCAUUUCGAAGCAUCUGAAAACGUCGUUUCACCAAAUGACGGUUCAGAGCUCGCAGGUCCAGUAUUGGUCUCACACCGCCGUCUUUCUUUGGAACGAGGAAAUAAAGGGAAUAAAACCCUCGCAUUUCGUCGUGUUUGGGGACUAG